CAGAGACUGACACCACUCACAGCAGCUUGUACCUGAGAGUGAAGCAGAAGCUAAGUGACUGACCCCCACUGAAUCUCAGACAGCAGCAUCUCAUUUGGGGUCUCUGAAUAUCACCCAGUGAGAUGUGGACUCUGCUGCUGAUCCUCGGCUUCCUGAUCACAGACUCGGGACUCACAGACCCGUGUGUGGAUCACACCAUCCUGGACCAGGUCUGGAGGAGCGUAAAUUGUAUAUGGCCUGUGUGUUCUUGGCAGUGGAAGUGUGAUGCAAAUCUUCAGGAAGGAUGGUACCGAUUUAAAAGUUCUGGUGGAUGGAAGAUUCCAGACUCUGUUGUCCCAGAGCUUCACUGCUCCACAUAUUCCCCAGGCUGGUUACAGGGUUCACAUCCCACCCUGGGACAGGGGGUGGUAACCAGGACAGUUUGUUUUACCUCGCUUUGGAAUCCCUGCAACUGGACCCGAGAGAUAAAGGUUAAAAACUGCAGCAGGUACUUCGUGUAUGAGCUGAAGCCGGCGCCAGGCUGUUCUGCUGCUUAUUGCACAGAUCCAGGGACAGCACCAACUCCGAAGUCUGAGGAAGACUCGACUCGAGAAUCCACUGCCCAACCAUCAUCUACCCCAGCAGCAUUGGAAAUAACAGAUCAAGCGACAAAACCAUCACCGGAAUCUGAUGAACACUCGGCUCGAAAAUCCACUCUCUCUGAAUCAACGAGCCCAAAGGAAGAAACUAACUACAAGAUGAUUCGUGUGAAGGUCACUUCAGUGAGAGGGCUCAAUGAAGAGAGAGCGAGAGAUAUCAUUAUGGAUCGGUUCCAGAAGGAUCAAUGUCUAAUCGGCUUGAAGCGGGAAGACAUUCAGUGUACAGAACGUAAGAUCCCAUAUUUCACACAGGACCCCUUCUCCUACAUUGCUCUGCCCACCAUAAAGCAUGCCUACCAUGAGUUUGAAAUCAGGAUAACAUUCCGCCCAGAUGCAGCUGAUGUUGCUGAUUUUGUCUUAGAUGAUGAGUGCUGA